UGCUAGGAAACGGAUAUGCGUCUUUUGGCUCCAGACCCCAGCCUCACCAAGAUCCCAGGCGCUCUCUCUCUUGCGGAAAGACUGAGAUCUAAGGUCCCCGCUACCAUGCAGGGGUAGUUCAGAAGGCCCUGUCCUGGGGUACUUUCCUCCUACCUCCUGUAAAGCUCUCCAAAGCAGACCGAGGAUCGUUGCUUAGACACGGUCCCCCGCCCAGCUAUGUCUAAGAAAGGGAAAAAGGCCAAGAUGCCCCUGUCGGAUGAGGAGCAGCUGCUUCUGUUUCAGCAGAAGUUGCUGGCAGAGGAGGAGAUGGCCAAGAAGAAAGAGAGGCUCCUGAGCCAGUUCUUGAAGGACAAGCUGGCCAAGGAGGAGCACAACAGUGCUCUGAACCUUUACAAGAUUAACACACAGUGGAGAACUGUCCUUAGGGAAGUCAAGACCAGAGAGCUGCAUAAGGACAUUGAGAUCCUCAGCCAAACGUUUGAACGAGUGGUGGACUGCAAGGACAGUGUCAUCAAGUCUUUAGCCACGGACCUGUCAGAAGCCGAGGAGCAGUACGCCCAUGCCCUGCGCAGCCACCUGCACAGCAUCGAUCAGCUUUUAGCCCUGCAGAGAAGCCGGCUCAACCUCCUAGAGGAAAGUUACAACAUGGAGCUGGAGGCCCUAACCAAAGAGUUUGAGACAGAAAGGAAGACAAUUAUUGACCAGCAUGAAAAAGAGAUUCACUACCUACAAGAUGUCUUCAUGGCCAUGGAGCAGAACUAUAUAGAUUCUGAGUAUGAAAGUAAGCUGGAGUUCCAGAGCAUGUGGGAUGAUCUCAAAAACAAGAAUUUAGAAGAGAAGCAUUUUCUAAGACUGCACCUGGAGAAUACAGUAGAAGAUCUGUGGAGAAGGUUCCAGGAUGCACUCAAGAAUUAUACUGAUGCCACAGAGGAUCAAAAGAUUGCCUUUGAGACUCUGAAGGUGAAAGAUGAAAGAAGCUCCAAAGAGAUUGAAGCACAGAUGAAAAAAAUACAGAAAUUACAGGACUCCAUAAUUAUUUUAAGAGGCAAGAUCAUGGUGCACAGCCAUGAGAAUGAAGACCGGAACCAGUACAUUCGUAAGGACAAGGAGCUGGUCCUUGCACAACUGCGAAAACUUAAGGCCCAAAGGAGUCACGCCCGGGAAAUAUCACAGGAAAACUUGGUCAAACUUACUUUGGAAAGUAAUGCCACCCUCAAGGCCCUGAGAAAGAUUGUUGAUAAGGGUGAAAAGAUCCUGAAACUUGCUGAAAUAUGUAGGAAAUUUGAAACAGAGGAAGAAAAAGUGCUACCUUUCUAUUCGUCAGUAUUGACUCCCAAGGAGCAGGCGGAGAUAGAAGAAAUUUACCAAGAGGAGCUUACUGAGGAGCUCUCAAAGGUGAUCGUGAACUAUACAGGGAUGGAGAAUUUCUGGAAAAGGUACAACAAAGUGAAACUGGAACAACUGAGCCUCCAGCAGAGACGCGCCCAGUUGUUAGAAAUCAACGGCAAGUUGCGAGAGAUGCUGAAGCAGUACUUGGAUGGCAUCUCGGUGAGUGAUGAAGUGCUGAGCCAGCUCAACCCACUCUUUAUCGUCAACCAUCGAAGCAACUUACCCCAGCCGUUGUCCACACCGACCACCCAGCCAGGUGACAAGCAACCUCCAACCACUUACAACAUCAUUGAGGCAGCCCACGUGAUCUCCCAUAUCCUGUGAUACAAGGAGUAAAUCUCUUUUCAAAUCCCAAAUGAUUUUUUGAGAGACCCAAGGACUUUGCUAUUAAAAUUUUCCAUGGGGUU